GAACAAGUCUCAAACGCCUUUUUUCAACUGUCACCGUUUGUUCGUCAGCUUAUGCUUGUCCAUGCAAGCCACCGUCCACCCUCCAAGUCGGAGCGUGAGCAAUUGCCUGCGAGACGUACGCCUUUCUUAAAGCACACGAAUUCCUCCUUCAAAGAUCUGACGCAGGCUGAGAAUCAUCCUCCCCGCCUGACUUCAGCCCUUCAGCCCGAUCUGCACCGUCUGUUCCCCGCUCUAGAUUGACCACAGCUUAUUCUGCUGUUUCUCGUGCUCCUCCACGCAUUCUUUAUCGAUAAGGCUGCCCGCUCCUCCCCCAGUGGCUGCCGACAGCUGCGACACGAGGCACAGCACGAGUGCUAGUCCUGAAAUCAGCCGGGAAGCCAAACCCGCUUGAAGGAAGAAGGAAAAGCAACGAGGCCGACGAGCGAAGGGAGAAAGUUUGUGUGUCAGCGUGAGUGGGGAACAGAAAGAGGCGACCACACGUUUCGACCCUUCCCGUAGUCAGACCUGCACCAGUCUCUCGGAAGGAGAAAACAAAAUCCAUAAGAGAGGAAGUCAGCAAGAAGGACAUUCCGACCAUGGCCAUCGACGAGCAGCUGCGCGCCCAGCUCGACGCCAUCUUCGACCGCGUGUACGUGCCACAGCCCGGCGCCGGCUUCACCUUUCCGGAGACGGUCACGAAGCUGUACGAGUUGGGCGUGACGAGAUACCGCGUCGACUUUGUCACCAGCACCACGACGGCGUACAUUGGCGGCCAGGCGCACUCGUACCAUUUCCCAAGCUACGCGCCCGUCAUCGAGAUUGCGUCUCCGGCCACGCCCGUCAAGCCCGUGCCUCUCUCCGCGAUCCUAGGCGGCGAGCCGACCAGCGACAGCUCGUCGCCGCAGUCUCCCCCGCGCAGCCCGACCACAACCACCACGGGCUCACUCGUGUCGCCGCUUUCCCAGACCCUGGCCAUGGAGCUGGAACAGCCCAACGGGCAACAGCCCGGUGACCAGCCAAGGUUCGACGCGAAGCCUCACCCGCCGUUGACCAUCAACACGCUCGUGCCGGGCAUGAUCCCCUGGAGCCUGGAGAAGCUCCGCAUGGCCAUCAAGAAGGCGCGCGAGGAUGCCAAAAACCUGAAGCCCGACCUGCCCACGUACACGCGCCAGAUCAUCGAGGCCGGCGUCGUCGACUACACCGUCUUCAUCGAAGGCCGCAAGGUCAUGUACACCGGCCGCAUGGGCGAGGCGUAUUCGGCCUGGUUCAUGGGCGCCGGGCCGGACGCGCCCAUCAACAAAGGCUACAGCCCUAUACACAAGACGCCUCUGAUACGGCGGAACACGCUGCUGGGAUAGACAGCCUGUAAUCGCCUUCUCUCUCCUUUAAGUUUCUCCACGCUGUAUUCAUACUUCUUCCCUCUUUCCUUGGUCCGGCGGGGUGAUGAACUGCAUGUAACGCGAAUGACGAUGUAUAGAUAGACCUAUUCUAUUGCCCUUUCCUUAUUUUGAUUUGUGUACGUUUCGCGCGUGAUUUUGCGCGUUCUUCGUUGUACAACCUUGACUACUCUUUGGUGACGUGUUUGUUUGACCUUUUUUGACUGGGUAUCUUUGAACGUCUACAUGCAAGAGAAAAAAAAAAUUUAUUUUACAAC